AUGGAUUCAGCUCCACCAACCAUAAACGAUGGGGUGGUCGCUGUCGAUCCUUUCUUGGUUGAGGCUCUUCAAAACCCUUGUCAUCGUCUCACCAUUCUGCAAAUGGAACUUGAUGUUCAGAAGUUUCUGAAGAAUUCCGACCAGCAGCAGUUUGAGUUCCAACAUUUCCCCACCUCAUACCUUCGUCUUGCGGCACACCGUGUUGCUCAACAUUAUGGUUUGCAGACUAUGGUUCAGGAUAAUGUCUUAGAUGGUCUGGGUACUAGAAUUGUGGUUAAGAAAUUGGCAGAUAGUAGAUACCCUGCAACCUGUUUAUCUGAAAUACCUGGUAAACAGUUGGAAAAUGAUAAACAUGAACCAAUUAAAAUUGUCAUGAGGCCGAGGCCUAGUAAAAUUCUCUCAGAGCAAGCCAGUGGGGAGGGAAUCAAAGGAAAUUCUGCAAGGGCUGUGGAGGAGAGGAAGGAAGAGUAUGAAAUGAAUGAGGCAUUCAAGUCCCCUCUUCACAAUGUGAUAGCAGAUGGUUAUUUCUUUUUGCUAACUUUUGAGAAUGUCACUAAAAGAUUUGAUCUCCAUCCAGUUUAUUAG